AUGGGUGGAAAGGACGACGUGGAGCGAUGGACGUCGCUGUACAAGGGCUUCACGCGGCCGGGGCGAGGGAAGAAGCUCCCCGAGCCGGACGAUGCCACCCUCCGCAGGCUCCGCGAGGUGGAAUCGCGCGCGGCGCCGGUCUCCAUCGCCCCUCCGGCGCCCACCACCAACCGGCGCGAGCGACCGAGCGCGGGGCACGCGACGCCCGCCGCGGACCCGCCGCCGCCGCCGUCGAGCGCGAACGACGACACGCCUCCUCCCACCGAUGAGCUCCCAGCGGCGGCGACGAACGCGCCCGCUCCAGCCAGCGACGUCCAGCCCCGACGAAGGCGCCAGAACAAGGCGGAACUCGCCGAGGCGCAGGCGGCGGCGAAGCGCGAGGCGGUGCGCGUCGCCGUGCGCCACGCGAUGGGGGGCGCGCUCGCGGAGGACCCGCACCUGCGACGGCUCGAGGCGGCCGCCAAGCUCGAGGCCGAGGUCGAGAGGGCGAGGGCGAUGGCGAUGGGCGCGGGGGAUGGCGCGGGGGAUGGCGCGAACGACGGCGCAUCCGCCCAUCCGAGGAACGGAUCGUCCAACCCGCGUCAACCGCCCGCGCGGCGGACGAAACCCACGGCGUCGACGUCGAGACUCGCCCGCCUCACCCCCGCCUCACCCCCGCCCCCGUCGCUCACGUGGGAGCAGCACGACGCCUUCCUCACGUACCCACCCACGCGCGCCAGGUACAGACACGAGCUCCCGCGAGGAUUAAAAACGUCCGAUCUCGACGCCCUCUACCGAGCGGUGGAACGGGAGCAGCGCCGGUUCCUCGCGCACGUCGCGCAAGCCGCGCGCGGCGUGUGCGCCUCCAUGGGCCCGCGCGGGAUGGUGCGCGCGGCGAGGGAGUGGGCGUCGCGCGACGUGGCGCGGCGCGUGGACCCCAAAACGGGCGACGCGCCCAGGUACGUGACUCCAGCCGCGUCGCCCGCCGCCGGGCCCGGCUUGACGCACGCGUUCUCGCUGGUGACUGGUUUGGGAAAGUGGGAGAGCGACGAACUGAACCCGUCCUCCUCGCCGGCGGUGUUGUCGCUGGAGAGCGUGAGGCGCACCGGGGGUUCGAGGGAUAAACCCCCGAGCCGGCCGUCGUCUCGGCUGGGCGGGUCCGUCGUCGGGGGGGUUGACGAUAAACCAUCCGCGCCGUCCAGGCGGGGCAGCACUUCAAACCUCUCGGCGUUUUCGGGCGACUCGGGCGGCACGCGGCCCCAUCCGACGGAGGCGCCCAUCCCACCCGCGCUCCUCGCUGCGUGCGGCAGGGGCGUUCGGCUGGGGGAGUUCGUCAGCGCGCUGAACCCGCCGUUGGCGACGGCGUUGGAGAGCGACGCGCCGUUUGUACCGGGCGAGGACGAAGAGACGAUCGCGAUUUGCGAAUCCACCGGGGCGUCCGCGGCGCUCACCGAGGGGGCGCUGGCGUGCCUGGUGGCCAACGCGCCGGGGCGGCUGGACCGCGCGUGGGACCUUCCAGUCGCAAUCUGCGUGUGGGACGGAAACGACGACGACGACGCCUCGAAGGACGGAUCGAUCGGCGACGUGAACGGCGACGUGAACGGCGAUGAACGAAAUCGCCGCAUUAAUUCACGUCGCCGCCCUGCAGUGGUGGUUCACAUCGGCGACCCGCUCCCGACGCGUGACUGCUCUCCGGCGACGUGGCGGGCGCGAGCGGCGGCGACGUACGAGCGAGCGAUCGCGCGAAGGGUCGAGGACGCGCGGCGCGUGCGCGAGCUGGAGAGGCUGUCGCAGCGCGGGCCGCUGGGUUCGCUGAGCGGAGACGUCCCCCCUCCCGUUCAUUUUGCGACAGCUCACGACGGAUGCGUCCCGGUCGUCAGGACGCACGCCGUCUUCUCGCUCGGCGAGCGAAAGAUCGUGGUCCGAUCGACGGACAUGGAGGUGGAGGCGGGAGACGGUUCGGCGCAAGGAGGUGGCAAGGAGGUGGCGGAGACGGUUCGGUGCAAGGUUGAGUUCACCGAGGACCCCGACGCGUUAGUCGCGGGGGAUCUGCGGGUGGACUGCGUCGAGGAGGAGGCGUCGUGGGCGGAAGCGGCGAGGUGGUGGUGCGCCCUCGCGGCGCGGGGCGGCGACCCGGGGAUUCAAACCUCCGAAGGAGGAUCCGCAAACGGCGUCGGCGUCGUCCGCGAUCUCACGGUGGUGCUGUGCAGGGUUCGCGCGCGCGACGGAUCGGUGGCGAGGCCGCCGGAGAGGUUCGACGCGGAUGAGAUUUUGCGAAGAUUUUGCCGGGAUCCGCCGCCACCGCCUUCAGAGAUGGCGCGAACCCUGGGAGGAGGAGGAGGAGGAGGAGGCGUUUUAAGUAACGGUUCGACGCGGGCCGCGAGUCGCGGGACGUCCCUCGGCGACUCCGGCGACGACUCCGGCGACGACGACUCUGGCGACGACGACGCGGGGGCGGCGACCGAUCCGCCGCACUGGUUCCGGGGCCACGGAUUCGACCCGGCGCAUGGAAUUCAAAACGUCGCUUCCGCGAUCGACGCCCUCGCCACCCUACCGCUCGGUCGGUACCUGCUGCGCCACGACGUCGGGUCCGACGUGGCGGAGGUGUUUAAGGAGGUGGCGGGUCCCGACGGGUCGGCGCCGACGCGAGGCGCGACGAUGCGGAGGUCGACGUUCGACGCGAGCCGAUCAGAUUCCCCGGGUGGUGGUGUCGGCGGAGUGAGCGGAAGAAGGCGGGGAAGACCCGCGGCGGGUUCGGGUUCGGGUCCGCCGCGCAGGGGCAAGCCGCCCGCGACGGCGAUUCAUAUUCCGUCGGGCGGGCGCAGGACGUUCGGCGGGAGGCGGAUGAAGAACGGCGGCAAGCGCGGGCACCUCUUCGGCGGGUUCAGCGGCGUCGAGGAGGAGGAGGAGAGGCCGCCUCCGAAGAGCGCGAAGAGGCUGAUGGUUCUUCCGGAGAUUCCGAUGGGGAUGGCGUCCGCGCUGUUCAUCGGUUCAUCGCUCGAGGAUCCGAAGCCUCUCCGGCGAGGCGCGGGAUCGCUAGCUCUCGCCGGGGCUAAAAAUUCGAAGGACUUUGAGCCCAUGCCGGGGCCGAGGGACGUCGGCGCCGAGUGCGCCGCGGGAGUCGGGUACGACUGGGCGGCCGGUCACGAAAAAUGCGCCGACGCCGAGCGUGAUUCGGACGAGGAGGACGCCGACGGGAAGCCUCGAGAUCGCGAAGAAUGCGCGAACGCGAAUCGCCUCCUCGGCUUUGAGUUUCUCCCGCCGGUGUGCCACACGGAGGGCCAGAUCGACCGCACGCCCGCGCCGCGAGGCGACCCCGGCGCCGGGCGCGCCAAGGCGCGGCGGGACCAGAAGCGCGGUAAUUGGCGCGCCGUGCUCGCCCCGCCGGCGAAGGAGUCGAGCGAAGGGCGUUCAUCGGACGACUCGGAUUCGGCCGACGACGUACCAAUCGCCGGGCUCCUCGCGAGAGAACGAACGAACGGCGCCCGAUCGGAGUCCGACGACGACGUGCCCAUCGCCGGCCUCCUCGCGAGGUCGGCACGCGCCGGCGGCUCGAAGAAGAAGGCGGGGGCGAUCGCCCGGUCGAGGCGCAAAGGGGGCGCAAAGGGAGGAGGCGGAAAAGAGAAAACGGCUGGAAAAGAAAGAGACGCGCCGCCCGCCGCCGCGGCGUCGUCGAGCGACGACGACGACGACGACGACGUCGAGCUCGAGGUGGACGACGACGGUCACUACGUCGGCGUGCGAUACUGCCGCCCGUUCGCGCACGCCGGUCGAUGCGUCCGAAAGGGCAAGUGCCCGGAUCCGCACCUCACGCUGCGCGAGAUUCGACGCAUGGCGGCGCGAGGCGAGAGCAACGAGCACGCCAUGCGCGAGGUUCGGCAGCGCGUGUACGCCACGUUCGCGGCGGUGAACGCGGGCAGGCACCACCAACACACGCAGCAGCAGCAACGCGCCCCCGCGUGGGGAAACAUGCCGAGCCUGGGAGGGACUCGCAAGGCGAGCUGGGCCCGCGCCGCCAACUCGGACGAAGACGACGAUUGA